AUGUCAGCAAUGACACCAUUGGUAACACCUCUGUCCUUUAGCGCGAUACAAGCCAAUUUCUACAGAGGCUCUUACCCCAGGGAAAUCAAUAUCCCAUUUAUGGGAACAUUGGGUUUGAAAUACAUCGUGUCCUUAACACCUGAGCCUUUAACCAACGAUCCAAGUAUGGACGCUUUUUGUAAGGCUAAAGGGAUCCACAAUAUUCACAUUGAGUGUAGUGACGAAAAGGGCGCAAAAGAUAAAUCCAAAAGCAAAGAUAAAUCCAAGGAAAAAGCCUCCACUAAUGGCUCAGCACCAGAAAAGUCCACGACGAAGGUCAAACGUAAGAAAAAGCCUGUUCCGAUUGAAUAUGAUGUUGUGAUACGAUGUAUCCAGUUUUUGAUUGACAAAACGCACUACCCAUGCUACAUACACUGUACAAACGGCGAGCUGGUUACGUCAUUAGUCGUGGCGUGUUUACGAAAGCUGUGUUACUGGAGCACUGUUUCGAUUUUCAAUGAGUACUUGACUUAUACGUCUAGUAUCAACAUUUAUGAACGCAACUUCAUUGAGAAUUUUAACUUGGAAAUCGAGAUUGAUAAUUUGGAUAUCAAGGACAAAGUCCCAUGGAUAACCAUACGCGCCAAUGACAAUUUUGACUCAGGUAGCGCGGCAAAUCACAGUAAGGAGACUAAUAUGAAGCGCAUCGGCAGUUUCCCCGGCAAACUUCCUCGACUCAAUUUCCGGACUGGCAUGAAAAGCUAA